AUGGUAGUUUAUGAAGCUGCAAGUGCAAUUGUUGCUCUACCGAAUACUACACCAUCAAUUGCAACCCUCGCCAUCACUACCCUCCUGAAAACGGGUGCUGAAAGUAGUGUAGAGAGAUUAAUGAAGCAGAUCAGUUCUUUUGUGUCAGAGAUUAGUGAUGAGUUCAAGAUAGUUGUUGUUGACGCCAUUCGUUCACUAUGUGCCCGUUAUCCGAGAAAGCAUGCAGUGAUGAUGCCAUUCCUUGCAAACAUGCUUCGAAACGAUGGAGGUUACGAGUACAAAAAAGCGAUUGUUGAGACAAUCAUCGCUAUAGUUGAAGAAAACCCAGAUGCCAAAACUGCGGGUCUCGCUCAUUUGUGCGAAUUCAUCGAGGACUGUGAGCACGAUAGUCUAGCCACGAGAGUGCUACAUCUUCUUGGUAGAGAAGCGCCUAAAACACCAAAUCCGUCAAGUUACAUUAGAUUUAUCUACAACCGUGUUAUCUUAGAAAGCACUAAGGUUCGCGCAGCGGCUGUAACGGCGUUGGCUAAAUUUGGUGCUCAAUGUGCUGAACUGCGACCAUCAAUA